UAUUUUAAGAAAAUUAAAAAGGCAAGUUAUUUCCCCUUACAUGCUAAUAUUUUCAUUGAGGGUCUUAUCAUCAAACAAAUUCUUCUUACAAAUAGUAGAUCCAAAUACCAAGACAAUCAAACAUUUGAGAAGACAAACUAAAAAUAUAAGGUUGCUUCAUUUUUCUUAAGAUUUCAAGAGAGACAUGGCUAAGUCUUCCGCAAUGUACUUCAUGUUAGCCCUUCUGUUCUUUGCCUUCUCGGGUGGAGCAAAGAUGACGGUGGAAGCUAAACACUGCUCAGCUCUAUGGGACUGUAGUGGCGGCGACGAUCAAUGUUGGAACGAAUGCAAGAGUCGUUAUGGUGGACAAGGAUUGUGUGACCUCGGCACUGCUCCUGGUGUUCCUCGACAAUGCUUUUGUGCUUAUGAAUGUUGAGAGGGGAAAAAUGAUUUAGAUUAUAAGCGGUAGUAAUAAGCAAUGUAAUAACUAAUUACUUAUAUGUUGACCAUAUAUGUAAUACAAAUAAGAAAGAAAGAAGCUGGAAUUUUCGGGAAAUUCUCUAAUCGUUCUCUCCAGGUAAACCAACAAAUCCUUAAUUGUCAUCCAUAUUUGAGAGUGGAUAAACAUAAAAUAAAAUUCUAUCAUUGGA